AUGAGGGGGCAUGAAGUGAAUCAAUAUGUAGUGACCAGGCCACUCUACUCAGAAGACUCUUUCAAGAAAGACAAUGUGAAAGUGCAUCGAUACCACAAGUCUAUGUUGGACCAUGUGAAGCUUUACUUCAGUUGUUCCAAACAAAAAGUAAAAAAUGCAGCAUUGACGCUAUUUCCGAUAGCAUCUUGGAUCCGGGCUUACCGAGUAAAGGAGUGUUUAUUCGGUGACAUUGUCUCUGGGGUCAGCACUGGACUUGUGGCUGUUCUACAAGGUCUUGCCUUUGCAUUGCUGGCUUCAGUUCCCCCUGGUUAUGGAUUAUAUUCAGCGUUUUUCCCAAUUUUAAUCUACUUCUUUUUGGGCACUUCAAGGCAUAUAUCAGUGGGUCCGUUUCCAGUGCUGAGUUUGAUGGUUGGCUCAGUAGUUACCAAGUUAGUCCCGGAUGCUGCAGGACCAAGUGUAAAUUCAACUGAGGAGAUGUCUAUAGAGGAAAAACGGGUCAUCGUAGCUGCAUCUAUAUCUUUUCUGGUUGGGCUUUUUCAGCUUGGUUUAGGGUUACUGCAGGUAGGGUUUAUAGUCAUCUACCUGUCAGAGACACUGAUUUCUGGCUUCACAACUGCAGCGGCCAUUCAUAUCCUGGUCUCACAAAUGAAAUUCAUACUUGGAUUGCAAGUCCCUGGAUUUGGCGGACCCUUUGCAAUUAUUUCUACACUGAAAAGUAUUUUCACACAGAUCACAGACUCGAACGUAGCAGAUAUUGUUACUUCAAUUAUUAUCAUAGUUACCGUGUUCCUUGUGAAGGAAUUCAAUGAGCGGUGUAAAGCACGCCUCCCGGUCCCCAUACCCAUCGAAGUGAUCAUGACCAUCAUAGCAUGUGGAGUAUCCUAUGGGUUUGAUUUCAAAACAAGGUAUAAAGUAGAUGUUGUUGGAGAAAUAACAACGGGAUAUCAGAUGCCAGUGGCACCCAGUUUAGAAGUUUUCCAGAGCAGUGUGAUGGAUGGCUUUUCCAUGGCUAUUGUUGGAUUUGCUGUAGCCUUUUCUGUUGCCAAAGUAUAUUCUAUUAAACAUGACUAUGUCAUUGAUGGCAAUCAGGAGUUAAUAGCUUUUGGUGUGAGCAAUAUAUUUUGUUCAUCUUUCAAAGGAUUUGCAGUUAGUACUUCCCUUUCAAGGAGCGCUGUGCAGGAAAGCACAGGGGGGAAAACACAGAUUGCUGGUGCGAUUUCAGCUUUCUUGGCAAUGAUAACCACAGUGGCAAUUGGAUUCCUUUUAGAACCACUUCAAAAGUCUGUUCUUGGUGCUUUGGUGGUGGUAAAUUUGAAGGGGAUGUUGAUGCAAAUGAGGGAGAUCCCAUAUCUCUGGAGAAAGGACAGACCUGAUUGUGUGGUCUGGGUGGGGACUUUCAUUGCUGCAGUGUUUCUUGGACUUGACCUGGGAUUGGCAGCUGGUUUAGGAAUUGAACUUGUGACAGUUGUAUUUAGAACUCAAUUCCCACGCUGUUCUGUUCUGGCCAACAUCAAGGGGACGGAUGUUUACAGGGACAGAAAAGAUUAUGUCAGUAUCUUUACGGGUAGUGGUAAUUUUUUUGCAAACAUUGAAUUCUUCAGAGAAAAGCUAAUUGCUGCCGUGGGAUUUAAUCCAAUGAGAGUCUUACGAAAGCGUAACAAGGCCUUGAGGAAAAUCAAGAAGCUUUUAAAGAAAGGAGAGCUGCAGAUAACAUCAGGGAACAUCGAGGAACUGGACCAGCCCACUAACUUUGAGGAUUUCCCUGUUCAGAUCAAUUGGAAUGCUGAACUCCCAGCCUUCAUUCAGGUCCCCAAGAUUGAUUUGCAUAGCAUCAUCCUUGACUUUGGAGCUGUAUCGUUCAUGGACAUUUCAGCCUUGAAGGGGCUUAAAGCGUUAUUGAAAGAAUUAAUCAGGAUCGAUGUGGAGGUCUACAUUGUUGGCUGUGACUGUAAUGUUCUUGAAAAACUUGAACAAUGUUCAUUCUUUGAUGAUGAAAUAAAGACCUCCAUCUUUUACCUGACCCAUCAUGAUGCCAUGCUGCACAUUUUACAGAAACACCCUGACUACCACGGGGAGUUAAAGCAAGCAAAGGCUGAUGACCGCACGAUUCAACAUGCUAGCUAUGGAAGACUGAGAAACAGGGAGAAUGCGGUUCCAAAUUCUGAGACCAAAUUUUAA